AUGAACAAUGUAAUCAACCUUUUAAUUAAUGAAAUAAAAGUUAUAGAACGAAAAGAAAAUGUUAAAGAUUUAUCAAAGGAAAAAGGGAUAAAUGUUGCAAAAUCAUUUUUGAAUGAAAAUUUUUCUGAUGCAAAAGUCUCAAAUUUUUUAUCAGACAAAGAAAAAGAUAAUAAAAGGGAAACAAAAGAAAAAAAAAUAAAUGAAGGAAAUGAAGAAAAAGAAGAUGAAGAUAUAAAUGAUGAUGAUGACCAUAUUAGUGAAAGUGAAAAAAAAGUUCUACAAUUUUAUGAUGAAAAAAUUGAUGAUUAUAAUGAAGAAUAUGUAAAUAAAAAAUAUAGAUUUUGUACAAAAAAUUGUGAUUCAAGUUUAUGUUGCUGUGGAUGCUUUACACCUGUUUGUUAUCAAAGUCAAAGGCAUGAACAUUAUAUUAAUCAAUACAGAAGCUUAUAUGCAGUUAAUGUAAAAAUAAAUGAAGAUACUUUAUUAGAUGAAGAUGAAAUUAAUUCAAAAAAUAAAAACUCAAAUAAUUUAGAUGGAAAAGAAGAAAACAAUAUAAAAAAGGACUUAAAUAAUAUCACAACUACAAAUAAAAAAAGGAGAGAAAAGGAAAAUUCACUAAAAUAUCACGCUGUUUUUUGUAUUAACUGUAAUAAUCAUAUUGCCUAUUUUGAAAUAAAAGAAAAAGUCUUUCAUUUUUUUGAUGUUUUACCUGAUUAA